UGUGUUACUGCUGGUUUACAGCCCUAACUGAUGAUAAGAUAACAGUAAUUGGAUAGAGGUAAUUAUAAUGACUGAUUCCUGAGAUGGAAAAACACUGACACUGUUUUUCUGGUUUAUUACGGUGAAGCUGCUUUGAAUCACUCUGUACACUCUUAAAUAUAAAGCUUUAUUAUAAACAAAUAUGCUUUAGUUUGAACUGAAUGUAACGUUAUCCGACACUUAAAUGAAAAUGUGUUAUAGUUUAAAUUGAUAUUCAACGCAGUUAGUUAAGACUUACCAGUGUUUUUUAGACCCACUUAAGUAGGCCUUAAGUACAUCUUUAUAUGCAAUUUAAUAAUUAAUAAUUUGUCUUUGAAAUAUGGUUAAAGUACUGCUGAACACUCAGAAAAAAGAUACAAAAGCUGUCCUUUCAAAAGGCACUUUUAUGCAUCUUUUAGGUGAGAAUAUGUAUAUUUCAGGUACUAAAACACAGCCUUUGAGGCACAAAUGUGUGACUUUGGACUUUUGUCCCAGACAGCUUUUCUACCUUUUUUCUGAGAGUGAAUGUGCUGACGAGCAUUUAUGACGAACUAAAACACACGCUAACGUCAUUUCUACCGAAUCCUGUGUGUCAUGUAUUUAUGUUUACACAUUUCUAAUGAUUUUAACUUUAUAAUAUUAACUUUAAGUGUAAUAUUGAGUAACACCCUACAGUUACAAUUAUAAGUAUUAAUUAUAAGCAUUAUAAAUAUUUUCAUGUGCCUUAAAUAUGCUGGUCUACAUCAAAUUAAGUGUAUGUCUUUAAAGUAUGACAAAAGAUUAUUAAAAUGCGCUUUAAGUAAAACGUUUCGUGUGACAUCAUUACAAAGUGCACUUUAUAAACGUGUGUCAGGAAAGUACAGAUCUGAAGUACACUACAACUGCGCAUUAAAUACCAUUAAGAGCACUUCUUUUCACAGGAAGGUGUUUAUAAACCUCGAUCAGUGUUCAAAUAACUCAGUAAUACUGUACAGACAACACAGCCUCAUCAGAUGAAAUAUGACAGAAAUAUGACAGCAGCAUUCACAGUUUAUCACAGUCUGACAUAAAGCAGCCUGACUUCAGAGGAACACGUGCAGCUUGGGUUUGAUUGAAAAACACUGGACGAAACACUAACAGCAGCAGAUGAAGCGGUAUGGAGAGUUAUGGAGAGUUAUGGAGAGUUAUGGACGGUUAUGGAGAGUUAUGGAGAGUUAUGGACGGUUAUGGAGAGGAGAGUUAUGGACGGUUAUGGAGAGUUAUGGAGAGUUAUGGGCGGUUAUGGAGAGUUAUGGACGAUUAUGGAGAGGAGAGUUAUGGAGGGUUAUGGACGGUUAUGGAGAGUUAUGGAGAGGAGAGUUAUGGAGGUUAUGGAGAGUUAUGGAGAGUUAUGGAGGGUUAUGGAGGGUUAUGGAGAGGAGAGUUAUGGAGAGUUAUGGACGGUUAUGGAGAGGAGAGUUAUGGAGAGUUAUGGACGGUUAUGGAGAGUAGAGUUAUGGAGGGUUAUGGAGAGUUAUGGAGAGGAGAGUUAUGGAGGGUUAUGGAGAGUUAUGGACGGUUAUGGAGAGUUAUGGAGGGUUAUGGAGAGGAGAGUUAUGGACGGUUAUGGAGAGUUAUGGACGGUUAUGGAGGGUUAUGGAGAGGAGAGUUAUGGAGAGGAGAGUUAUGGACGGUUAUGGAGAGUUAUGGAGAGUUAUGGACGGUUAUGGAGAGUUAUGGAGAGUUAUGGACGGUUAUGGAGAGUUAUGGACGGUUAUGGAGAGUUAUGGACGGUUAUGGAGGGUUAUGGACGGUUAUGGAGGGUUAUGGAGAGUUAUGGACGGUUAUGGAGAGUUAUGGAGGGCUGUGAAGCUGCACACGUUGAUGAAUGAAUCGUGUGUGAACGCGUCUCUAAUACAGCAGUGUUCACCUGUCACCGAUCAUCAGAGCAGAUAAUAAAGCACAGAGUUCAUCACGAUGUGAAUCUGCUGAUUGUGUGUGUCGUUAUUU